AUGUCCGCCACUCAGAAAGCCCUUCUCCUUGGGGCAAAGCAGGGGACCUUCUCCAUUUCAACAAUUCCUAUCCCACAGCCCGGACCUGGACAGCUGCUGUUGAAAAUACAUGCUGUAGCGUUGAAUCCGGUUGAUUGGAAGGUUCAGGUGAAUGGGAUCAUUGUCACAGACUAUCCUGCGGUGCUCGGGACGGAUAUUUCGGGGACGGUCGAGAAGCUUGGCGUUGGAGUCGAAGAUUUUGAAGUAGGUGAUAAAGUAUGUACGCAAGGCUACUUCCAUAACGAGCACGCAGGUUUCCAGCAAUAUACGCUCGCAAACGCAGAUAUUACUGCAAAGCUACCCCCUAAUGUCUCGUUUGAAGGAGCUGCAACUCUCCCGGUUGGUCUCGCUACUGCGGCCCUUGGGCUUUACACUGAAAACCUGCCUCAAAAUGUGGAUUUUGGUAGUGCUGGGCUGACACCACCGUGGGUAGCAGGGGGAGAACAAAAGUACGCACGGAAGCCAAUUGUUGUUAUAGGCGCCUCUAGUUCAGUUGGACAAUGUGUCGUUCAACUUGCCAGACUCUCGGGAUAUUCUCCAAUCAUUGCAACUGCCUCCUUGCACAACACCGAUCACCUUCUAUCCUUAGGCGCGACACAUGUUCUCAGCCGCAACUUGAACCCUGCCGCUUUACAAUCUUCCAUCAAAGAGAUUACGACCGAGCCUCUGGAUCUGAUCUACGAUGCUAUUUCCCUUCCCGAGACUCAGAAUCUCGCAUACGAGUUACUGGAACCUGGUGGAUGUCUCAUAAUCGUAUUAUUUCCCAAGAUUCGCAUCGAUCCAUCUACAGGAGGACAGAAAGAGAAGCGUGUCGAGAAAGCGUUCGGACAAGUUAACUUCCCCCCUGAGAACCGAAAUGCUGCACGGGGUCUGUAUAAAAAUUUAACGAAGUACUUGGAAACCGGCUUGAUCCAGCCUAAUCGCGUUGAAGUUCUCCCUGGUGGUCUGGAAGGCAUCGUUAGUGGUUUGGACAGAUUGCAGAAUGACAAUGUCAGCGGUGCGAAGCUUGUGGUGCGUCCACAGGAGACGGCCUAA